AGAAAUGAAUGGAUCUUGAAACACCUGGUCUCUGGCGUGUAAGUGGCCCCCAGCAUGGAGGACGACGCGCCGGUUAUCUACGGCCUGGAGUUCCAGGCACGUGCUCUAACACCUCAGACCGCAGAAACAGAUGCCAUUCGUUUUUUGGUUGGGACACAGUCUCUCAAAUAUGAUAAUCAGAUACACAUCAUAGAUUUUGAUGAUGAAAAUAACAUCAUAAAUAAAAAUGUCCUCCUUCAUCAAGUGGGUGAAAUCUGGCACAUUAGUGCCAGUCCUGCAGAUAAAGGGGUGCUGGCCACCUGCUACAAUAAAACUUCAGACAGCAAAGUCCUGACAUAUGCGGCCGUGUGGAGGAUGCCGAAGGAAUUGGAACCAGGCAGCCAUGAGUCCCCUGACGAUUCAUCAAGCACCGCACACACCCUGGAGCUGCUCUGUCACCUUGACAACACAGCCCAUGGCAGCAUGGCAUGUGUCAUGUGGGAACCAACAGGAGAUGGAAAGAAAGUCAUCUCCUUGGCGGACAACCAUAUUUUGCUGUGGGAUUUACAGGAGAGCUCCACCCAGGCCGUGCUGGCAAGCUCAGCAUCUUUGGAAGGGAAGGGACAGUUAAAGUUCACCUCGGGACGGUGGAGCCCGCAUCACAACUGCACUCAGGUGGCCACAGCGAAUGACACUGCCGUGAGAGGUUGGGACACACGCAGCAUGAGCCAGAUAUACUGCAUUGAGAAUGCCCACGGACAACUGGUGCGAGACCUUGACUUCAACCCCAACAAGCAGUACUACUUAGUCAGCUGUGGAGAUGACUGCAAGGUGAAAUUCUGGGACACUCGGAAUGUCACUGAGCCCGUGAAGUCCCUGGAGGAACACUCCCACUGGGUAUGGAACGUCCGCUACAACCACUCUCACGACCAGCUUGUGCUCACGGGCAGCAGUGACAGCAGGGUCGUCCUCUCCAACAUGGUGUCCAUCUCCUCUGAGCCUUAUGGCCAUCUGGUCGAUGAUGAUGACCUGAGUGACCAGGAGGAGAAGCGUCCAGAAGAGAAGAGUCAAGAGCCACCACAGGACAGUGUCAUUGCCACCUAUGAGGAACAUGAGGACAGCGUGUACGCCGUGGACUGGUCCUCCGCUGACCCCUGGCUGUUUGCAUCCCUGAGUUACGAUGGAAGACUUGUCAUCAAUAGGGUGCCCCGGGCACUCAAGUACCACAUUUUGCUCUGACACUCCAUGGUCAGCAGUGCGCUGCAGGCUAUUAUUUCAUUUUUCAGAUGGACCCCUCUCUGGGCAGCCAGGCGCUAACUUCCGACAGAGCUUUAUAGCAUCAAACAGGGCUCCUCCAGCCACACUACUCACACCUCAAUAGGUUCCUCUCUCUGGAGAUGGAGACACUGUCUUUCUGACCAUGCCAGGAAUGGAUGCCGACUUCAUGUAGAUUGGGGCUGGCUUUAAAGACUCCUUUCUUCCUCUCCCUCUCUCUCUCUUUUUUUUUUAAGGAUAUUGGUAGUUUUACUUAAUAAAGAACAACAAGCUUUUCUUUUCCCUGAUGCAAACUCAUAUUCUUUCAAGAUUGAAAUAAAGAAAUUUUCAAGGCCACACUA